AUGACGUUUGACGACAAAAAAGGUUUACAAGUUGCUCUUGAUCAAGCCAAGAAAAGUUACUCAGAAGGUGGGAUACCUAUUGGUUCAUGUAUUAUUUCAUCUGAUGACACAGUAUUAGGCCAAGGUCACAACGAAAGAAUCCAAAAACAUUCAGCUAUUUUACAUGGAGAAAUGUCAGCAUUAGAAAACGCAGGAAGAUUACCAGGAAAAACUUAUAAAGAUUGUACCAUCUAUACUACUUUAUCACCAUGUAGUAUGUGUACUGGGGCCAUUUUAUUAUAUGGAUUCAAAAGAGUUGUGAUGGGAGAAAAUGUCAAUUUCUUGGGUAAUGAAAAGUUAUUGAUUGAAAAUGGUGUCGAAGUUGUGAAUUUAAAUGAUCAAGAAUGUAUUGAUUUGAUGGCCAAAUUCAUUAAAGAGAAACCACAAGAUUGGAAUGAAGAUAUUGGAGAAUAA